AACAGAAGCUAUAUAAAGCUUGUCUGAAAGCAUGCCGUUUAAGUUAGUCUUUAACAAGAAAUCCUAAGUGGAUCAAGUCGAAGUUUCGGUGAAAUCUUUUUCUCUUGGGUGAAAAUAAAAACACAACAAACAAGUUAAAAUGACUUCCUACACUGACAAAGGACCCAAACCCGAAUUCGGUAAAUUCUUGUCGUUCGAUCACUUGACCUUCUAUGUGGGCAAUGCCAAACAAGCCGCCAGCUAUUAUACCACACGCAUGGGUUUCACACCCCUCGGCUAUCAGGGUUUGGAAACUGGCAGUCGUCGUUAUGCCCGCCAUGCUGUGAAACAAAAUAAAAUUGUUUUCGUCUUUGUUUCAUCCUAUGAAACGGAUGAUGAGGAACAUGGUCUCCAUUUGAUGCGUCAUGGUGAUGGUGUCAAGGAUGUUGCCUUUGAAGUUGAAGAUAUUGAGGCUAUUUUCAAUUUGGCCAAGGAAAGGGGUGCCGAGGUGGUACGUGAACUCUGGGAAGAAUCGGAUGAAUUUGGUACGGUGAAAUUUGCCACCAUUAAGACGUACGGCGACACCACCCAUACCUUUGUUGAUCGUCGCAAUUACCGAGGUGUGUUUCUGCCAGGCUUCAAGGCCACCAUGGAAGAUCCCUUGCUGAAACUCUUGCCCCCUGCCAAAUUGGAUUUCAUUGAUCACGUGGUGGGUAAUCAGCCCGACUUGGAAAUGGAACCAGUUGCCGCCUGGUAUGAACGGGUCUUGCAAUUCCAUCGUUUCUGGUCGGUGGACGAUUCACAAAUCCACACAGAAUAUUCGGCCUUGCGUUCAAUUGUCAUGGCCAACUAUGAGGAGACAGUCAAAAUGCCCAUUAACGAACCGGCCAAGGGUAAAAAGAAGUCACAAAUUCAGGAAUAUGUUGAAUAUUAUGGCGGUGCCGGUGUCCAGCACAUUGCUCUCAAUACCAGCGAUAUUAUUACGGCCAUAGAAAAUCUUCGUGCCCGUGGCAUGGAAUUCUUGACAAUUCCCCCAUCGUAUUAUGAAAUUUUAACAGAAAAUCUAAAACACAGCCGCACCAAGAUCAAGGAAGACAUGGAAGUGCUGAAGAAAUUGAAUAUUCUCAUUGAUUACGAUGAGAAUGGUUAUUUGUUGCAGAUCUUCACAAAGAACAUGCAAGAUCGUCCCACAUUGUUCUUGGAAGUUAUCCAGCGUCAUAAUCACAACGGUUUUGGUGCCGGAAAUUUCAAGUCACUCUUUACCGCCAUUGAAAUUGAACAGGAGAGACGUGGCAAUUUGUAAAUGCUUUUUAAUUUUAAUUCCCACUUUUUUAAAUUUUAGUUUAGUAAUAAAUAAUUAAUAAAAUAAAUAUAAAAAACAUAAUUAAA